AUGCUGUAGCUGUAGGACCCCAUUUUUCACCAUGAUGUCCGGACUGCCAGAGGCCCUGAGCCGGCUGAGGGCAAAUUCGCUCCGCAGCUGCUUCAGCCUGGCAGGGCCCUCUGAGUCCACCAUGGUGGCUGUGCCCAUCGACAUCGACAAAGACGAAGUGAGGAUCCUCAAGGUUUGCUUCCAUAGCAACAGCUUCAACAUGGGCAAGAACUUCAAGCUAGUGAAAUGCACCGUCACCACUGCGAUCCGGGACGUGAUCCAAUCGAUCCUGCUGAGCGGGAGGAUCGGUCCGGACAUCCAGCUGGCCGAGUGCUAUGGAUUACGCCUGAAACAUGUGAAAUCCGAUGAGAUCCAUUGGCUCCACCCAGACCUGACGGUCGGUGAAGUCCAGGACAAGUACGAAUGCUUGCACAUUGAGGCCGAGUGGAGGUAUGACCUCCAGAUCCGCUACCUCCCUGAAGACUACAUAGAGCGCUUCCAAGAGGACCGGACAACGCUUUUGUACUUCUACCAGCAGCUCCGGAGCGAAUACAUGCAGCGUUACGCUAGCAAAGUGAGCGAGGGGAUGGCCCUUCAGCUAGGCUGCCUGGAGCUCAGGAGGUUCUACAAGGACAUGCCUCACAACGCCCUAGACAAGAAGUCCAACUUCGAAUUCCUAGAGAAGGAAGUAGGGCUAGAUCUCUUCUUCCCAAGGCAGAUGCAGGAGAACUUGAAGCCUAAGCAAUUCCGCAAGAUGAUUCAGCAGACAUUCCAGCAGUACGCGCUUCUGCGGGAGGAAGAGUGCAUUAUGAAGUUCCUCGGGACCCUCUCCACUUUCGCCAACAUUGACCAGGAAACAUACCGUUGCGAGCUAAUUCAAGGAUGGAACAUUACAGUAGAUCUGGUGAUCGGGCCUAAGGGCAUCCGGCAGCUGACCAGUAAAGAAGCCAAGCCCACAUGCCUGGCUGAGUUCAAACAGAUCAAAUCCAUAAAGUGUUCACCUGCGGAGGAAAGCAGAGCCCUGCUGCAGCUCGGGCUUACUGGGAACCCCCAGUCCCUGACGAUCAAGACGUACUCCCUCGCUGAGGCAGAGAACAUGGCCGACUUGAUAGACGGCUACUGCAGGUUGCAGGGGGGCUUGGAGGACGGCUCCCUCAUCAUCCGACCCAACAAGAACAAGAGGAUCAGCUUGCCCCAAGUCCCCAUACAGCAUAUAGAGGAGAGAAGACAAAUGCUGACAGAGAGCAUUAGUGGAGAUUCAGAUAUUUAUGCUGAGAUUCCAGAUGAAGCAUCCCGGCCCAAAUCUGGAGCAACGCAGUACGUGAUCUCUCGGGAAGAUGUGCAUCUGGGCCGGAUCCUGGGAGAGGGCUUCUUUGGAGAGGUCUACGAAGGCAUUUACACUAAUGAGAAUGGGGAGCGGAUGGGCGUGGCUGUGAAGACCUGCAAAAAGGACUGCACCGCAGAAAAUAAGGAGAAGUUCAUGAGUGAAGCUAUGCUGAUGAAGAAGAUGGACCACCCCCACAUUGUGAAACUCAUUGGGAUCACAGAAGAUGAUCCAACAUGGAUUGUGAUGGAGCUGUAUCCUUAUGGAGAGCUGGGACACUACCUCGAGCAGAACAAGGCUUCUCUGAAAGUCCUCACCCUCAUCCUGUAUACCUUGCAGGUUGGCAAGGCCAUGGCAUACCUAGAGGCUAUCAACUGUGUGCAUAGGGAUAUUGCUGUCAGGAACGUCCUGGUAGCUUCCCACGAAUGUGUCAAGUUGGGAGAUUUUGGCCUCUCACGAUACAUUGAGGAUGAUGAGUAUUACAAAGCUUCGGUGACUCGCCUGCCCAUCAAGUGGAUGGCACCUGAGUCGAUCAACUUCCGCCGCUUCACCUCUGCCAGUGACGUGUGGAUGUUUGCUGUUUGCAUGUGGGAAAUCCUCAGCUAUGGCAAGCAGCCCUUCUUCUGGCUGGAGAACAAAGAUGUGAUCGGGGUGCUGGAGAAGGGGGACCGCCUGCCCAAGCCUGACUCCUGCCCGCCUGUCCUCUACACUCUGAUGACACGCUGCUGGGACUAUGACCCCAGCGACAGGCCCAAGUUCAAGGAGCUGGUCUGCAGCUUGAGUGACAUUUACCAGAUGGAGAAGGACAUCAUCCGGGAACAAGAGAGGAACAACCGCCACCGCCCCCCCAAAAUCAUGGAGCCUACCUCUUUCCAGGAGCCCCCUCCAAAGCCCAGCAGGCCCAAGUACAAGCCACCUCCUCAGACUAACCUGCUGGCUCCCAAGCUCCAGUUCCAGGUGCCCGAGGGUCUGUGUGCCAGCUCGCCAACGCUCACCAGCCCCAUCGAGUACCCAUCAUCACCCGUCAACUCCCUGCACACCCCACCGCUCAACAGACACAACGUCUUCAAGCGCCACAGCAUGAGGGAGGAGGACUUCCUCAGGCCCAGCAGCCGGGAAGAGGCCCAGAAGCUUUGGGAGAUGGAACGGGCCAAGAUGAGGCAGCUUCUCGACAAGCAGCACAAGCAGAUGGCAGAGGAUUAUCAGUGGCUGAGGCAGGAGGAGAAAGCUUUGGACCCCAUAGCCUCUGUGAACAGUGACUCUUCCCCCCCAAAACUUCCUGAGAAGGAGACAGGCUACACUGAGUUUACGGGGCACCCCAAGAAGCCACCCAGAUUUGUACCUCAGAUGUCACUUCAGCCCACUCCUACGGCCAACCUGGACCGGACGGACGAUGCUGUAUACAGCGAUGUCAUGGACCUGGUGAAGGCUGUUUUGCAGCUUAAGAACGAGGUCAGCAACCAUCCACCGGAGCGGUACAUCCUCGUUGUGAAGAAUGUGGGUCUCUCUCUUCGGAAGCUCAUUGGAAGUGUAGAUGACAUCCUUCCAGCUUUGCCCUCAUCUUCACGCCAUGAGAUUGAGGGUACUCAGAGGCUUCUAAACAAGGACCUUGCUGAGCUAAUCAACAAGAUGCGCUUGGCCCAGCAGAAUGCCAUGACCUCCCUGAGCGAGGAGUGCAAGCGCCAGAUGCUGACCGCCUCCCACACUCUGGCCGUGGAUGCAAAGAAUCUCCUGGACGCUGUAGACCAAGCCAAGGUGCGAGCCAACCUGGUGAAGGUCUCUUUUGAGUGACUGAGAGAGCUGGCCUUUAAAGUAACACACACACA